AUGACCAUCUCAGCCAAGCACAACAAUCAAAUUCCUCUUCGUUCGGUCCGACCCAUCUAUUCUUCCUCGGUACCAUCAUCAUCAUUGAUAACAAAUCCAAGUACUAGUCAUACGAGUAGUAGUAGUAGUAACACCACCAACACUCCUCUCAUCAAUAUUGAAACCGGUAAACGAAAAGAUGGACGUACCUGUGAUAAAUUCAGAAAUGUUUUUCUUCAAGUCGGAGUGAUUAAACAAGCUCGUGGAAGUGCCUAUUUAGAAUUUCAUCAAGGAACUAAAAUUAUUUGUGCAGUCUAUGGACCUCGACAAGUUUCUGCAAAAAAUGUGGAAUUUAGUGAUACUGGAAGAUUACAAUGUGAAUAUCGAGUAGCACAAUUUGCAUCACUGCAUCACAAUUCUCGGAGUAGUGCAAGUUCUGCCAUGAGUGCCACCAAAUCACAUCAAGCAACAUCGGAAGAAAUUGAAUUUGGAAUUCACAUGAGAGAAGCUCUUGAAUCAUCCCUUCGAUUAGACAAGUAUCCAAAAAGUGUCAUUGAUGUUUAUUGUUUUGUUUUAGAAGAUGAUGGAAGUGCAUUGAGUGGAGCCAUAAGUUGUGCCUCACUUGCACUUGCAAAUGCAGGAAUUGAAAUGGUGGACAUGGUGAGUGCAUGUACAACAAGUGAAUUGGAAGGUCAAAUUGUUGUGGAUCCAACAAGUCAUGAAUAUAAAUAUGCAAGUGGUGGAAUGGUGUGUGGAUUUAUGAGCAAUUUGAAUGAAGUCACACAAUUAACACAAGUAGGAGAUAUGUCUUUUCAGAAAGUGAGUGAAGCUAUGGAUUUGUGUAUUGAUGGAUGCACGAAAUUGUAUCAAUUAAUGCAACAAUGUUUAAUUGAGAGUAUGAUGAAUACGCGAACAACAAUAACAACGAGAGAAUAA